GUCGACGCGCUGUAUAGCCAUUUCGACCAGAUCUACAAGCACAUGGCGAGUGGUAUAUCGGAGACCGUGGCGGAUGCGCAGGCGACCGCCAGCGCGGCCGCGGAGGCCGAGGAGCAGGGGAGGCGAGAGGCGCUGCAGGCCGCCGAGGAGGCCGAGCGCCGGCGAGCCGCGGAGGAGCGCGAGAGGGGCGAGCGGGAGGCCGCGCAGCGGCAGCAGCGCGAGAGGGAGGCCGAAGGUGAAGCGCCCAGGCGAACGCAGGAGAGCCCGCGCGCCGCUGGGACCGGGACGAGCCGGGGUCCCCCGCCGACCGCGCUGGGCCCACGACCAGGGAAUCGUCGCGCAGGAGUUCGCGUCGCCGUCGCCGCCCCCGCGGGCGACCGGGAGCGCCGCCCUCGCCAACCCCGAGCCCGACGAAAAGGACCGGCGGUGGCAGCGUCGGCGGGAGCAGAUUCACGGCACAGAUGGUGACAUCGUAGGAUUGCAGCCGCUUCCAGCUCUGUCCGACACUUCAGCUGGGCAUGUUGCAGAUGUUUCGGUGCCGUUGCGGUCCGAGAAGAAGACAGAAGAGUACUGGCUGACCUCGCUGAGUGCUGCGCCAAUGAAUGCCGUCACGGCAUUGAGAGCCAAGCUCCCCGAAGCGAAUUUCGAAAGUGCCUUUCAAGAUUUGGGUGAUACCAUGGGGCUGCAGCCGCUUCCAGCUUCGUUCGACUCUUCAACCGGGCAGGUGGUAGACGUGCCAGCGCCGUUGCGGCCAGAGAAGAGGAGCGAACAGCAGUGGCUGACCUCCCCGAGUGCUGGACCACUGAAUGUCUUGGAUCACGCGCUGAAGGUCCCGUCGUCGAGCGCCAAGCUGGAUGGUCUUCCUUCCGAGGCGGUUUUCGGAAGUGUCUUCCCCUGGUGGGCACAGCUAUUGCUGGCACAAGCUUGUGUCAUCAUUGCUGCGCUCUUGACGUACUUUUGGCCCAGCUCGCACCCACACGCGGCACAUGCCCUGACGCAGUUCGAGAAGAUCUCGUUCGAACCGGCUGGGAACGAGUGGGUGCGACAUGAUUUCGUUCAGUAG